UCAAUAUUUCAGAAAUUUGCGAAACAGCCAAAUGGCAGCUGGAAGUGAAAGUUCAGUUACAGAUGUGUUAAUCGGCGAAUUUGAAGAAUGGCAAGCAUCAGAAUCUUCAGAGGCAAUAUUUUUGCUAGAAACAAGUACAGAUGAAAAUAAUGACAUUGUGAUGCUGAUGUUAUUGGCUUCAGAACAUGAAUUUAAACUCCAUAUACCAAAAGGUUAUCCUGACUAUGAUGGUACAUUUUCUGUGGAAGCAGACCCUGCAGUCAAGCUAUGGAGCACAGCCUUGAAUGAGUUCUUGGUUGAUUUGAAAGACAAGAUAAAACUUUCUGAUUUCCUGAAAAAGGCUGUUGUUUUACAUACCAACAAGAACACAAGAUCUGAACAAAGACAUAUGUCUAGUGAUGAUGAUAUUAUGGAAGAGGAUGAGGAAUCUGAGGAGGAAGAAGAGGAGGAGGAGGAAUGUAUGAUGGCUGAUGAUGAUGCUUUCACAACAGAAUGGGAUUUAAAGGUUGCUAGAAAGAAGAAACGGUGGGCUCAGAAAGAAGCAGAAAUAAGAGACCAAAUGAAAAAGGCAAAGCUUUCUCAAGGUGCUAGUAGUAUGGAUAAAAAACCACCAGAGAAUAUAUUUACCAGCAAUGCUGCAGCAGGGAUAUUAACCAAUGAUCUUGUUAGAAUCAUGGAAGAAGAACAGGAAUUAAGUUUUACAGCAGAACCUAUAGAUGAUAAUAUAUACAACUGGAGGGUUAAAAUAUUUCGUUUUGAUGCUGAAUGUGGUUUAGCUGAUGAUCUCCUGCAGAUUCAGUCCAAAUUUGGAUACAAUUAUAUAGAAUUAGAAAUGACAUUUGAAAUAGAUUUGUAUCCAUUUUACCCACCUCUAGUCAAAGUGAUGAGGCCAAGACUUCAGUGUUCUAUGAUGCAAAGAGUAACUAAUAUGGAGAUGUUGAAAUUGUCAUACUGGAUCCCUACAAAGGAUAUGAAAUCUGUUAUACAGGAUAUCAAAACAUUUCUUCAGCAAUGGGCCAGGUUAGAAGUAAACAGUCCAAGGAAUGAUUUAUUGAAGUAUCCAUAUGGAGCCUAUGUAGAAAUAGAACAUCAUCUCUUAACACUUGCUCUGGUGAGUGAAGUGAAUCCACGUGUUAAUUACCUGUAUGAUAUGGAUAUCAGUCAGCUGACAGAACAAAGAACCAACAAGCCUAACACACCUCCUGAUAAGUCAGGAGGACCUGCUGGCAAAAACAAACCAGAGUACUGGGCCAAAGGUACAGGGUAUGGACAUCAUUAUAGAUCUGAAUGGGAUAUAAAUGCUUAUAUAGCAGCACAGAAAGAGAAGGAUAAUAAGGUAGAAACUGUAUUACACAAGAUUCUAGAAGAACUGAAAUUAUUAUAUACAAAUCAUGCACCACAGUUAAAACCUCGAACUUUAGGAAGUCAACCAGAGCCUGACACAGGUCAGACAGCAGUUAUAGAUCCUGUUGAGGAUAUGUUUACUGUGUUGGAAGGUUCAGCCAUAAUACCAUUUAUUGAGCAAUAUUUAACAGCUGAUUCCUUCUUAGAAAUAUGUAGACAUUCAGUUGUUUAUAGAGUGAUAAUAGAUAUAAUAAAGGAAAUAGCUCGACAGAAACAGUUACUGCCAUUACUUGUAUCUUUACCAAAUCAACAGUUGUCUGUCUACAAGUUGCUGGAACAACUUGAAAAGAAGGCAUCAAUGAUGUUAAAGCAUCUAUGUAAAGCUGGUAAUGGCAGUAUACCAACAUCUCAUAAAUCAUGGGAUGAUCCUCCAGAGACCUCGGCCUUUGGUCUCAUACCUAAAUGUUUCGGUAGAUGUAGAGAGAGUAGUUCACAUAGUUCCUCUUCUGAUUCAGAUGGGGAGGAAGAGAAAAUUGCAAGGGAAAUGGUUUCGUUAUUUAACAAUGUUAAAGAUACCUUAGAGAGAAAUAGUUUACUGGGUAACAGAAAUAAUAGUAAUGAUAAUGAUCCCACCAUAUAUGGAGAACAGAUUCCUCCCUAUGAUGUACUUAAUACUAAAUGUGAUGCAGAAUUAGAAGUGCAAUAUAAACAAGUUCUAAAGAGCAUGCAAUUUGGUAGUUCAGAUCUGCCAUUGGAGGGGAACCUUGGCCACCAUUAUGCAAAUCUUUACAAGUCACAUCAAGCUGGAGGACAGAAACAGAUAUUCAGAAUAGCCCAGGAGUUAACAUCUUUAUCAUCAAGUUUACCACUUAAUCUUUCUUCAUCUAUAUUUGUCAGAACCGAUGAUGAAAAGAUAACUUUGAUGAGAGCAUUAAUUACAGGGCCGGAAGGAACCCCUUAUUCUGGUGGAUGUUUCCUGUUUGACAUAUAUUUCCCUCCUGCCUACCCACGAUGCCCUCCACAAGUUAACCUUCACACAACAGGAAGUGGAAAAGUCAGAUUUAACCCAAAUUUGUAUGCAUGUGGAAAAGUGUGUCUUUCAUUACUUGGAACUUGGGAGGGACAGAAGGGGGAACAGUGGAACGAAAAAACCUCUACUGUUCUACAGAUUCUGGUUUCUAUACAGUCUUUGAUAUUAGUUCCUGAUCCCUACUUUAAUGAACCAGGUUUUGAACAAGAAAUAGGCACAGAUGCAGGACAGAAACACAGCGAUGAAUAUAAUGAAGAUGUUUGCUACAACAAUAUAAAAUAUGCAAUGAUAGGAAAUUUACAGAACCCACCACCAGAGUUUUCAGAAGUGAUCAAAGCCCAUUUUUAUAUGAAGAAAGAUAAAAUGAUAAAGGAAGUUCAAGGUUGGGUUGACAAACAUGACAAUCGUCGACUAACCAGAAUGUUUCAAAACUUAAAACAAGAACUGAAAAAGUUACAACCACCACAGAUUCAUAAUACAGCAGUGUCGAUGAUGAGAUUAAGAGACCAAAUAUUAGACAGAAUUGCACCAAGAACGCAGUACAAGGCAUGUAAAUCUUGCAAUUCACGAUCAUUUACUCUAGAUGAUGAGCAGUACGUAGUGGGUGAUUUUGUUUUGAUUGCAAAUGAUGAAAAUGGAAAUGAAAACUUGGAGUCUAAAGACACUGCUUUUACAGCACAAAUUAAAGAUGUCAUUGAAAAGGAAUACAAGUCUAAGUCAAAGAAGAAGGAUGUUGUUGCAGUGGUUACUUGGUACUGGAGACGGGAAGAGUUACCUGAUUCACAUCUAGCGACAAUUGAAGCUCAUCAAUUUGAAGUUUUUAAGAACUUAACCAAUAUCCCCGAGGAGAUUGAUCCGGAAACUAUAUUAGGAAAAUGUCAGGCAAGUAUGCUUAAGUUGUUAAUGAACAAGGGACUAUAUCACAUGAAGAAAUAUGAAGAUGUGAUAGAAACAAAAGCUGUGGAGGAAAUGAAAACUGUGAGCAGUCGUCAGAAAAAGAAUGAACAAAUGAAAUUUUAUGUAACAAGAUCAUAUAAUGGAAAAUAUUUUAUUCCUCUAAAACAACCAAAGAAAACUGAAAAAGACAAUAGCAGGAUAAGGAGACAAUCUAUGCCUGCACAUAUUAAUGGAGGUGACAAUAUAGUUAAAGCAUUUUCAAGGAGAAGUUUAAAUAAUAUAAACAUUCAUGACAAUGAACAUAAAAGAUCCUCAUCUCCAGUAAAACCUUUGCAGUCUGUUGCUGUUAAAGAAGUAGAAAAAAAACUAAUUAGCCCAAAAGCUUAUGGAAAUAAAUAUGCAUGUUUCAAGGGAGAGGAUGUCACAAGAUUUCUCAUGGAUGAUGAUGCUUUUGAUACAGUGUCACUUAUAUCAGAUACUAGUAGUACUACUAGUCAUGCCAGUAGUACAUCUAGUGCUACACGGAGAUCUUCACGACUUUCUAUUAAUAGUAACAUUCAAAAUGAAAAUUCGACCUCAAAUGAGAAUUUGAUUGUUAAACCAAUUACUAAAUCAAGUCCAGCAAUUUUGAAAACACCUAAAAGAAAACUAAGUUCAUCUUCAGGAGAAAGUUCAUUGUCAUUGAAGAAAUGUCGGACUGAACCAAAAAGACGAUCGGUUUCAUUUGCCAGUGCAGAUUCAAAAGCAAAGACUGUUAGUAAAAUACAAAAACAGAAGGUUGUGCCAACAGUAGUAUUGAGAAAAGUUCAAGAUCAAUAUAUCUCAUUCCGUAAUCAGACUCCUGAAAGUGUAGACAGGCCUGUUACAACUAGAAGAAGUCUAGGGGAAACAUUUAUAAAGAAUAUCACACCAAAACAAAACAGGAGUUUACGACAAAGAAGGAAGAUAGAUUAUAAUGAGGCUACAGGAAAAGUGGACUUUGGUUUGAAUGAUUCUAAUGACGUAUUUGUAAUAGAAAAUGAAAGUGAUAGUGACAAUGACAGUCUUGCUAGUCUCAAACAACUUGGAAGUAAUAAGAAGAAUGCAAGAAGUAAAUCAAUGCCUGAUAGCUAUAGUGAUAGUGGCUCUGAUAGCCAUGCUAGUCUCAAACAACGGAGUAGUAAGAAGAAAUCAAAGAGUAAAUCAACACCAAAUCGUAGAUCUACUGCAAGUGAAGUAACUCCACAUAUCCCUGGCAGAUCUCGGCCAUUGAUGUCACCGACAAGUGUAUUGGAGGAGGCAAGAGCUAGGUUACAUGUGUCAGCAGUACCCGAUUCAUUGCCAUGUAGAGAAAAGGAAUUUGAAGAUAUUUUCAGUUUUGUAGAGAGUAAAAUAUUAGAUGGAACUGGAGGGUGUAUGUACAUAUCUGGUGUACCUGGAACAGGUAAAACAGCUACAGUCCAUGAGGUGAUUAGGGCCCUUAAUAAGGCAUAUGAAGAUGGAGAAUUAAGCCAGUUUAAGUACAUAUCUAUAAAUGGAAUGAGAUUAACAGAACCAAGACAGGCUUAUGUGCAGAUACUUAAGCAAUUGACUGGACAGAAAGCUACUCCUGAUCAUGCUGCUGAUUUACUGAAUAAAAAGUUUACAACUCCUGGGCCAAGAAAAGAAACCAUUGUUAUGUUGGCUGAUGAGCUUGAUCUGCUAUGGACAAGAAAACAAGAUGUUAUGUAUAAUUUGUUUGACUGGCCCUCACAGAGACAUGCUCGGUUAGUUGUCCUAGCUGUUGCCAAUACUAUGGAUUUACCAGAGAGAAUAAUGAUGAAAAGAGUUGCCAGUAGAAUUGGACUGACAAGGAUGACAUUCCAGCCCUACACUUUUAAACAGUUACAGGAGAUUGUUGUAUCUAGAAUGAAAGGGCUGAAAGCAUUUGAUUCAGAUGCUAUACAGCUGGCUGCUAGGAAAGUAGCGGCUGUGUCUGGUGAUGCUAGGAGAGCUCUGGACAUCUGUCGUAGAUCUACUGAGAUAGCUGAAAAAAGGUCUCCGUCAAAGAAAAGCAACAUCUUAGUUGGAAUGUCACAUGUUGAUGCUGCACUUCAGGAAAUGUUCUCUUCUCCAAAAAUUGUUGCAAUCAGAGGACUGUCAAACCAAGAGAAACUGUUCCUGAGAGCAAUUGUAGCCGAGUUCACAAGGUCAGGGUUAGAGGAAGCUGAAUUUUCAAGAAUUUACACACAACAUAUAUCACUAUGUAGAUUUGAAGGUUUAACCCCACCAACAACUUCACAACUAGCAUCUAUAUGUUCAAGACUUGGUAGUAUACGACUGCUAUUAGUAGAACAUGGCCGCCAUGACCUUCAAAUGAGAGUUCGACUCAACAUCAGUCAAGAUGACAUUUUGUUUGCUUUGAAAGAAAAGACAAAUGUUUGAUAAACAUUGUAAUUUGAAAACAGCCAAAUGUGUUCAUGAAAUAAGAGUGUAUUUGUCUCAAUAUAUGUGUUCAAGAAAUUAUAAUGUAUUUGUCUUAAAAUAUGUGUUCAUAGAAGAAUAUUACAAGAUAUUAUGGAAAAAGUAGGUGUUUAAUUGGCAGAAAGUUCAUGAAAGUCAUUAGGUAUAUAAAAUGAGUUUUUUUAUUCAAAGUUAACUUACAGUUUGCAGUUUACAGUUUGCAGAUUAUAUUUUUAAACAUCAAUUAUUUUUUUUAAGAAGGAUUUUUAUUUAAUUAAAAAAAUUUACCCAAAAAAAUGACUAGGAUUUUAACUGUCAAUAUUGACAAUAAAUAGAACAACUUAAGUAUUUUAUCUAAUAUGUGUAAUUAAUUACUUUAAUAUAAAGAUACUGAUGUUGAUAUCAUAAGAAAUAAUUUUAAGUUAUUUAUUAUAUUCAUUUGUGUACAUAUAAAAUAUGUAAUGAAAGAAUUGU